UUCUAACCUUCACAAUCUAUACUUACCUUCAAAUUUUCAACCCUAAUUUUUUCUCUCUAAAACACCUACAAAAAAUCCUACCAAUGGCAGGGGGAUCAAAGGUGGCGUUUGUGGCGGUGCUCAUCGCGAUAGUGGCAGCGACAACACUCCCUUCAACAGAGAGUGCGGUGACAUGCAAGUCGGUGGUGAGUAGCCUAACUCCAUGCGCAACAUACCUCAUUAGAGGAGGACAGGUUCCUACAAAGUGCUGCAAUGGUGUGCAGUCACUAUACAAGGACGCCAACACGAAAGAGGACCGGCAGAUGGCUUGCCGGUGCAUGGAACAAGCCUCCAAAUUGGUCCCCGGAAUUAACGAAAAAUACGCUAAUAUGUUACCUGAAAAAUGCGAUGUUCAUAUCCCUUACAAGAUUACCCCUACCUUCGAUUGCUCUACGGUACAAUAAGAAGGAUAUAUUAAUGGAAGUGAAGCUGCAUGAGAUAUACAAGCACUAUAGUGUGACUAAUAAUGAUCUUAGUCUAAAUAAACUUGAGUCAAACUAUGUUUAUUGUUGCUUCAACAUGUUUGUUUACUUGAUGUAAAAUAUAUAUGUGUACCAUUUUCUUU